AAAGGUAAGCUUUUCUUCCCCUCUCUUUCUCUCUGUAUCUCUCCACCGGCUAGCAAAGGCAUCCUUAUACUGUGUUAUUUUGUCGAGCAGGUAAAUGGAGACUUGUAGGGCAAGUACGAGUAGUGAAAAGGUUCCCAGAGUUAGUCUGGAGUUUAGGGUGGAUAGGCUGAGUAGUCUUCCAGACGAAAUUACUCAUGGAAUCCUCUCGUUGCUUCCAUUUGGAGACCUCACUCGCUUUGGGAGUUUAUCCAAACGCUGCAAGGAGCUCCAUUUGUCAACUCCCACUUUCAGAUUAGAUUUGUCUAAAGUUGAUAUAUCAACUUGUGAUAAGUGGUCUAGGUUCGCAAAUGCUGUGGAUAGGUUCUUAAACCAUCGUGGGGAGAACAGAAUCCUUCACUUUGGUAUUAGAUUCGACGUCCGUGAACAUACUUUUGGAAAUGAAACCCCAUGCAUUUGUGAGGGGGUAGGACGUCGGUUUAUUUCGUGGAUCGAAAAUGCUUUAAGGUGCAAGGUUGAAAUACUUGACCUUGAUAUCCGUAGGAUCCAUCUAGCAAAUGGGGUAGGUGAUAUCACCAUUGAGAGCUCAUCACUAAAAUCACUCAGUAUUUCGAGCAACAGUUGGACAGUUCGUCGACUGAAAAUCAUCGGUCAUAAGCUUGAAGAUGUUCGCAUAGAUUGGCGUUCGGAGUGGUGUACAACAGUAAGCAUAUUUGCUUCAGAUGUUGAGAAUUUGGAGUGGGAUGGGAUUAGUGUCAACCACCAGCUCGGGACCUUAGAAAGGGCCGAGCUUUCUUUGGCCGAUGUCAUACGUAGAGAUCUGUCACCUGAUGUGAAGGCAGUUGACUUCCUUACCAGCGUGCACCGGGUUAAAGCUUUAACUCUAAAUCACAAUACCAUCAAGGCUUUGUUCAGAAAAGGAAUACCACCCUUAGAGAACGUUCGUGAUUUCUCUAUGAAAAUCGGAAACUUUAGUGGUGAAUUGGUGUUGGCAUUGGUCCCUAUUCUUCGGGCAAUGCCUAAUUUAACUAUCUUGGACGUGAAGUCUUCAACGCCGCCCCGUUGCCUUCUAAAUGAAUGUUCAGGUCUUACCAUGGAAUACUGGAGAUCAAGCAAGCUUCCUUUCCUCUCUCAGCUUAAGGAAGUAACCGUAGCCCUUAAUCGACACUUCUACGGGAGCAACCAAAUUGAGUUCAUAAGGUUUAUCCUUGAGGAUGCUCAAAGCCUGAGGAAAAUGGUGAUUAUUCAUCCAUUAGGCCUUGGGAAGGGGCAUCUGAAGAAUUUGAAUGAAAGCGAGAAGACUUCCAAUGCUCGCAUAGUCUAUCGCAGGUUCAGGCAAUCACCAGCUUCCCUACCAAACGCUCAUACAUGUUUUCCUGGAUUUCGACUUAAGCAGUCUAGUGCAGAUUCACAAGCCCCACCUGCUCAGCCUCCAAGUUAAGAGGGUCUUGAGGGCUUUUGGGGAUAUGGGUUUUGACAAAGGCAAAGUGGGGUUGGGGGAGAUUCGGGAUUUCCAAGUUGAAGAUCCAAGAAAAGAGCAAACCGCAGAUUCGGGUGUUCUUCUUUUCCUUGAGUGUCUCUCUGUUUGCAGGAUUCCUGCACUCGGUCCUCGCAUGCCGGAUAGGAGGACACUGAAAUGCUGCAGGCUUGCACUGAGAAUUCCCCAUAUGCAGGACCAUUCCGAAAUAAUGCCCCAUCAUUGUGCCAUGCUCCUUUUGAACCCAAAGGAACUUUAAGCUCUAUAUCUGCAAUUCUCUCCAUGAUUAUGGGAGUGCAUUUCGGACAUGUGCUUAUACAUAUGAAGGGUCAUUCAGCCAGACUGAACCAUUGGGUCCCGACAGGCUGUGCUCUCCUCGCCCUAGGAAUUAUUCUUCAUUUGAGUCACGUACUGUGCAAACUGUGUCUUGCUGUUUGCAGGAUUCCUGAACUCGGUCCACGCAUGCAUGCCGGAUAGAAGGACGCUGUUUCACAAGGUGAUGGAUGGUUCCCAGAUGACUGCAGAAUGCUACGAGCUUACCAAGGAUCGUAUAUCACCCCUAGGCCGAGCACCCGAAUUCUCAGCUCAGAGUGGUGCUUAAUGGAAAGGAAGGUUGACUUCAAAUUCUCCACCCGGAGUUGUAUUGAUCGCAGACUUGAAAGCUGUUGACUGCAAAAGUAGCAUUGGGGAGAACCCUGUUUAUGAAACUGAUUGUAGAAAACCGUCCACCGCUGACUCUUUCAGCGGUGGAAGAACGACGUUGAAAAUCCGAAGCUUCAUUGUACCAUGUUUUCGGAAUAUUUCUCGGACUGAAAAUGUUAAGUCUAAGACUUACUAUCUUUCC